AUGGACAUAUCUAACUCGGGAGAUAUCUCCUGGACCUCUGUUCCCACCGACCUACUCCUUGCUGAGCUAUCAAAAAGACAGCAUGGCCAUGGAAGUUCCACGCCCGAUACCGAAAAGCCAGCUUGUGGAUCGGGCGAGCGAGGCGCAUACAAUACCGCGCUUCAUGUCUUCGCUUUAUUCCUCAUACUUACACUAAGCACGCUGGCUUGCGGUUUUCCCCUCUUCUCCCGCCAAUCCUCCAAGAGUCGUCGAGCCAAUACGAUUGUAUUCCUCAGCCAACACUUUGGCACGGGUGUCCUACUCGCAACCGCUUUUGUUCACCUUCUUCCGACUGCUUUCCUAUCUUUGACCGACCCCUGUCUCCCUCAUGCAUUCAGCGAAGGAUACCAACCCAUGGCGGGGUUGGUAGCUAUGGUUUCAGUUCUGGUUGUUGUGGCGUUGGAAUCGUAUCUGACGACUAGGGGUGCUGGUCAUUCGCAUGGCCACGCGUGGAACUCGGAAGAUGAAGAGUUGCAGGAAGAAGGCAAGAAUGCCACGACUAAUGGUGGAUUGUCGGCAAGAAGAGCUGCGAGCCACAGGCCGACGGAUAUUGCGCUCGGUGAUAUGAGCUCCAGUAGGGGUCUAAUGGCAGAUGUUUCCCCACUUCCAGAAUCCACGCCGAUCGUCGUAUCGCCGCCAAAUAAGAAACAUUUUAACAAUAACGAUGACGGGGAGAAUGAUUCGGACGAUAACGAUGACGAAGAUCUCAACCUCGAUCUCAAUGAGCUCGACCCCACUGCGGAAGACGACGCACAACCCCUUGCCCAUCCUAACGGAAGCAACCAUAGAAGACGACAUUCUGAAUCUGGCAUAUCCCAAAGCCCGCUAACACCCGAAGAGCAGAAACGACUAAUGCUUCAGUGCAUGUUACUGGAGGCCGGAAUCCUAUUUCAUAGUAUAUUCAUCGGCAUGGCUGUGUCGGUUGCUACAGGACCCCCUUUCGUGGUUUUCUUGAUCGCCAUCGCAUUCCACCAGACCUUUGAAGGCCUCGCCCUCGGAUCUCGUAUAGCCGCGAUCCAAUUCCCCCGAUCAUCUCUACGUCCCUGGCUAAUGGUCUUGGCGUAUGGGCUUACUACUCCCAUCGGUCAGGCUAUCGGGCUCGCUGUGCAUAGGUUGUACGACCCGCGCAGCCAGACGGGCUUGCUCAUGGUCGGCUUUAUGAACGCCAUCUCGAGCGGCCUUCUGCUGUUCGCGGGCUUGGUGCAGCUGCUUUCUGAGGACUUCCUUACCGAGAAGAGCUAUAAGACGUUGAACGGGAAGAAGAGAAGAAAUGCUGGCUUGGCUGUACUAGCGGGUGCCACCCUCAUGGCUCUUGUUGGUGCCUUUGCGUAA